CCGCGGCGCCAUUAUUGAUGCGAGCUGAGGCGUGAUCUAACAAGCAAGCGGCCGGAGCAGCUGGUCUCUCUCUCUAGCUACGUAUAACAGGGAGCAGAAGCUUGUGCGAGUGGCAAACGCGCGCGCGAUGGCGGCUCGGGGAAGAGGCAGUGCAGGCAGUAGCAGCAGGGCGCCGUCUGUCGCUGGUACCGCGCUCCUGUGUGUAGCUGUAGCCGUGCUCCUGCUGGCGGCCACCCCGGCCGCGGUGGCGGGGACGACGUACCUCGUCGGUGACGCCGCUGGGUGGACGCUCAAGGUUGACUACGGCCGGUGGGUGGCGGGCAAGACCUUCCACGCCGGCGACAUCCUCGUGUUCAAGUACAACACCACGUGGCACGACGUGGCGUGGGUGAGCAAGGGCGGCUACAGGAACUGCAUCGUGUCGCCCAAGGGGCGCGCACCGGUGUACCACACGGGCUACGACGCGGUCACGCUGCCCAGGGGCACGCACUACUUCAUCUGCGCCAUGCCGGGCCACUGCAGCGCCGGCAUGAAGCUCGCCGUCACCGUCUACUGAUCCGUCGUACGUCCGUGUGUCCAGCAGCUCCAUCAUCUCGAUCGAUCUGGACUACGUGUUGGCUAGCAGCUACUCUGUGCGCGGAUCGGAAGCACGUGUGAACGUCGCGCGCUGAAGUUCUCUUCAUCAUUGUGACAACAAGUUGAGUUCAUUGGCA